AGACGACAGACGCUUUGUCAGUGGAGAAACAGCUUGCUUCGAGUUGAUAAAUUGUUUAAGAUACUUUAAGUGACCCAACAGAUCAACGAAAUGUUGCAUGAAAAGGUGCGCAUAGCUGUUACCCUUUAAUGGUGAUCAGCCGUCGCCGAGUGCGGAACAAUAGUAACCUAAACGCAAGGAACCAGUGGGUACCCUCCCAAGAAUUCCAAUUCCUCGCAUUUUGAAUACUUAUUCGUUCUUCACUCCAGCGACGAUUGAAAGGGUCCAUUGUGAAGAUUGAUCAAACUUUGAUCAUCCGAGAGCAUGCAGUGAGGUUAGUUGAAGAGAAAAGGAAGAAGAACAGGUCGCACUCUUGCCCGAAGACACGAAUACCAGCAUUUGCCUUGGUGCAACGAUUUAGGAUACCUUUCCAGUGAGUAUGUCGAAGAACGCCGAGCCCGCCCGCCAGCCCGAGUCCGUCGUGGGGAACCGGCAGCUGCUGCUGGUGACGGAGCACCACGUCUCCGACGCCACCCUGAAGGAGGUGACGUCCACGCCGCGCUUCGAGCGGGAGGACAUCGUGGAGCCCGCCAAGGUGGAGUGCCUCCGUCCGAACGUGUCCUUCACGCUGCGCUUCCAUGCUCGGCGCACCACGGCCAACUCCAUGAUCGUGCUGGAGGUGUGCAAGCUGCGGUCCACGACGCCGGACUUGCUGGUGGUGUGCGUGUGCUCCGGCCAGGCUCGCGCUGCCGUCCGCGAGGAUCUGCGCCGCCGCCUGGACUGCCCCACGACCCCACUGGUGGAGGCCUUCACCGGGGACGGCUGCCGCUGCACCUACCGCGUGGUGUGGACCCACCAGUGGCUGUUAUUUCCUCAGAUGUCAGUCCGCGCCGAGGUGUACAUCGCGGAGAAGCCACCGGCUUCGGGGCCGCAGACGCUGGGCCUGGACCUGGAGGCGGCGCGCGCCCAGGGCCUGCUGUGCGACGUGGUGUUUAAGGUGGACGGCGAGGAGCUGGCCGCGCACCGCGCCGUGGUGGCCGCCAGGAGCCCCGUGUUCCUGCGGAUGCUGCAGUCGGGCUUCCAGGAGGACCUGGAGGGCGUGGUGCACGUGGAGGGCGUCUCGGCGCCACUCUUCAGGAAGUUCCUCACGUACCUGUACCGCGGCGAGCUGGAGCGGGAGGAGCACUGGAAGGACUGCGAGGUGGACCUGCUGGAGCUCGCCGACCGCUACAUGGUGGACGCCAUGAAGGCGGAGUGCGAGCGCAGACUCAUGCAGGUGGGCAUGGGCGCGGUGGUGUCCUUGCUGCAGACCGUGUCGACGAGGCCCUGCAUUUCCAGCUCGGUGAGGAGCCGGGCCGUGGAGGUGGCCAUCGAGAACUGGAGCCAGAUCAGCACGACCCACGAGUGGGCCGACUUCGACGCGCAGAACCCCAUCCUUGCCGACUUCAUCCGUGGAGGCUGCCAGGCCCGACGACGGAGCCUUUAGGAUUCUCCUACCAGUUUUGUUUUGAUUUCUAGUAUUCAUGUUGUUUUAUUAUUUCGUGUAUUGUGAAAAAAUCGCGUUUCGACAUUUUUCCAUUUCCCUUCGUGCUUGAGUUACAUUGGAUCGUUGGUGUGAUCAACAUGCACACGAAAGUGUGUAAACGCUCGUGUGAGCACUCUGUAAUCUCUCACUAAUAAAAUGUUCAACGCCCUGUAAAAUGAAAUGAAAUUACAUGAAAUUGUCUUCGUGAAGCAGGCGUUUCCAGACGAUGUGAUGACGUAGUUGCAAGUCAGUUAAAUGAAUUUGUAUCCUUCUAUCGUGCACUAAAGGGAAUCAAAUGUGUGCCUUUUGAGUUGUUGUUAUUCAGUCAAAGUCAUGUCGCUUUGUGAGUUUGCCGUUGUUUUUGUUUGGUCAUGCUUCAUUUUUAGAAAUGUGAAUAAAUUUCAGUAUGACAUGUUAAGA